UCCGUGCCGCCCGCCAUGGGGCCGCGCCCCGCCGCCCGCCGCGCCGCCCUGGCGCUGCUGGGGCUCGCCGCCGCCGCCGCCGCCGCCGCCGCCCGCUCGCUGCCGCUGCCCGACGCCGGCCCGCACGUCAACUACGGCUGGGGGGAGCCCAUCCGGCUGCGGCACCUCUACACCGCCAGCAAGCACGGGCUCUUCAGCUGCUUCCUCAGGAUCGGCGGCGACGGCCGGGUGGACGCGGCCGGCAGCCAGAGCCCGCACAGUCUGCUGGAGAUCCGCGCCGUGGCGGUGCGCACCGUGGCCAUCAAGGGCGUGCGGAGCUCCCGCUACCUCUGCAUGGACGAGGCGGGGCGGCUGCACGGGCAGCUCAGGUAUUCCACUGAAGAUUGUUCCUUUGAAGAGGAGAUUCGUCCAGAUGGCUACAAUGUAUAUAAAUCAAAGAAAUACGGGAUAUCAGUGUCUUUGAGUAGUGCCAAACAAAGACAACAGUUCAAAGGAAAAGAUUUUCUUCCACUAUCUCACUUCUUACCUAUGAUCAACACGGUGCCAGUGGAGUCAACAGACUUUGGUGAAUAUGGUGAUUAUAGCCAGGCUUUUGAACCAGAGGUAUACUCAUCGCCUCUUGAAACGGACAGCAUGGAUCCCUUCGGGAUCACCUCCAAACUGUCUCCAGUGAAGAGCCCCAGCUUUCAGAAAUGAUGCUGAUUGCACACACGGUUUUAAAGAAAUGUUGCAGAAUAUUGCAGGUUGUUAGCUUCUCGUGUAGUGAUGUUUCAAACUUUUUUUUAUAUAUUUCAUUAUGGAGCCAGCCUUUUCUGUACAAUGUGUUGUACCGGUAAGAGAUGAGUGCCCAGAGGCUAUAUUCUAAAGAAUUGCCUAUCCAUAGGGGUUUUUUUUGAGAAAGAAGGACUAAAUAAAAGCUUAAUGCAUUCAUCGGAGCUCCUCCAUUAAUGUGGUGGUGAUAAAAUAAUUACAGUUUUUGUACAUCAAAUUCAUUGCCACAUAUGUUCACCUGUUAUUUCUGCUCAUGGGAGCAAAUGCAGAAAACCUUUUUUGCUGUUCACAGGAAGGUUCACAAUCUGGUAGUUUCAGAGGCUUCAAAAUCUGGUAGCUUCAGAGGCUAAAGACAAACAUUUGGAACAAAACAUGAUUAAGGAAGACCUAGCAAAUGUGGUUAUGUGAACUAGAGUUAAUGCUGUCUCUUGAAAAGCUGCUGACAAGGUUCUGGGAAAACUUUCUAUUGAAAGCAUACCACUGAAAAACAAUUCUGCCUGUAUAUUGUGCUUUUUCUUCCCUUAGGAAAGAAGGGACAAAAGGGAAAUAUUUCUUCCUUCCCUUAUUGCUAAGGGGUACUUUGGAAAACUGGAUCUUUGAUUUCUUGUAUAGGCUAGUUUAUGUUCACUGUGGGAUCUGCAUCAUCCAGCAUAGAUUUCUCAUUAACAUUAGUGGGAAUUCAGCAUGGGGGUUGAAGUGUGUACAGAACUAGCAUUUCUGGUUUUCAGGUAGGGAAUAAGCAGUUCAAAUCUGUGUUCAAAUACAGAUUCUGUUGUAUAUAUAAAUGUAUGUCGAGCAAAUGGAGAAAAAGACUGAAAAUGGAUGAUGCGUAGGUCACAUCAAUUGCAAAGCGGAUUUUCAUGUUUUAUCUGUAACCAUCAGCAAUUCUUCUAAGUCCUUCCAGGCUUGAUUCUGCAUCAGUUGAAAUCAGUGGAGAGACAAUAUAGUGAUGUAAACGCUGCAGAACUGGGACAGCCAUGCCAUUCUUCUUGCAGGAAGGAAUUGUGGCUACCUUGUGGCUAAAAAACAUAUGGCCGAUGUCUUCAGUUCUGUUCUCCUCUUAUAACAAUUUGACAAAGGAAUAAACAAACUGAAACCAAAUGAAAAAAAAUACUGUUCAGGGAUUUCACUCAUUUCUAAAGGUUCACUAGAAAUAGAGAUUUCUGUACAAAAGCUCUACUGGAAAUACUGGUGUUUUUUCUGACCUAGCACUUCAUUGCCAAUGCAAUAUUUAUAAUUAAUUUAUUGAAUACAUACAUCUGUUUAUUUUGUUACUGUUAUUUAUGCUCAAAAUUCUAUUUAUAUACUCUUGAAAGUGGGUUUUUUAGUUGAAACAAAUUUUGUGUAGUUUUGUAAUCAUUAAAGUUUAGGAACAAUAGCUUUUUCUGUGCAUUAUCAGUAGUGUAAUGUGUACAUUUGCAAUAAAAAAUCAUCUUCGACAU